AUUUAAAAUUCAAUUCCAAUGGAGUAAUUGCCAAUCUUCCUUUAAAUCAAUUAUGCCAUUUUCCUAAUAUAACAAGGAGUCAAAUUCUUCUUGGAUCAUGACAAAGCCCGUAGGAUACAUAUCGCUACAUUUAAAAAAGUGCCGGGUUUAUCAUUUGGUGGAACUUUACCAAAAUUUGAGCAAAAAUUUGGAGAAGAUAAGAAUAGAGGUAACUGUAAAGCAACACGAAAAAGGUACUUCAAAAUGCUUUGAGUACUCGUGUUACGGUGGGUGGAUCUAUAAUUCUGACAGGAAUAAAGCUGCUCCCAAGAAAAGGCAAAAUUUUUAUUUCGAAAUCGAACAAAUGCUCAUGUUGCCAAUUCAGGUCGGUUACUUCAAAGGCGAGAAUAAUCUGUCAACGCUCAACGAAAUUAGCAUAACCUUAAAAAUCGUUACUUGUAUGCCUUCGGCGAUGCACAAAAGAAUUUUAUUGGCAGCCGGUUCUACUCCUAUCACUAUCGGUCAAAUCGAUCAAACUGAUUCUCCUAAUGGGAGCUUCGGCAUUGAAAAAUCGAGUGACGAAAUGGGCAAAAACUUGACUUCCAAUCUAAUUACCGAAACAACUAUGAUGGGAAUUAAUAUCGCGGGGCAAGACACUAAUGCCUUGAUCAUAGGAGAAAUUGUUUUAGAACCUGCUCUUAUUGGCAGGCUUUUCGGAGAAAACAUCGUAAACGAUGAAUGCCUCUUAGCCAAAUUGGGCAAAAGGGUAUCAGCUUUCUUAGAUCUAGAUAUGGUAUUCAUUUACGGAUCAUUGGGUUGUGGUCAUUCUAAUUAUUUAAUUAGACCAUCGGAUAUCAAAUCUCAAAAAAACAGUAGCGUUUCUAAAGACGAGCGUUGUAUGAUCUCUUUCUUCCCAGGUGCCGAAAUCCCGAAGGACAGAAAAUGCCCUGAAAGUGGGUUGUAUUUACCUAAACUUACGGAACGAAACAAGAUUAGUUCCAAAGAUCCAGAGAUGACGGAAAAAAUGAAAUCUAAUUACCCUUUGAUUUAUAAAAAAUUAAACAAAUGGACAGGGAAAGGAUGGAACGAAUACAAAAAAUGUCAAUCAAGGGCAGAACGCUUAAAUUACCUGAACGCAUUGGCGAUUUAAUAUUUUU